CGUGGAUUAUAAUUCUGUCGUCAAAGCUCACUUUUACAGUGUCAUUUUUGUGAUGGAGUUGACAUGUGCUCUUCGACUGUGCAUAGCGCAGCUCCACAGCUCGGCGGUGGCGUUAGACAUGCAGACUCGUAGCUAUCGAGUGGGUCAUGCGCAUUUCAACCGUGCUCAAGUGGUGGGGGUACUGGUGAAGCGCAACAACUCGCACCUGAAGCUUGACGAUGGCACAGGGUUGCUGGAUGUCAAGCUUGUGACGAGUUUGAACGGGUUUAACCAGAAAGAACUGCACUUAGGAGCACUGGUGGAGUGUGUCGGAAGUAUCGACGAGCUGCAGCCAUCGUCCGAUAUGACGCGUAGUCGGCGCUGGAUGAAUGCAACGCAUUUUCAUGAAGUCCACGAUCGUAACGUUGAGACGCUGAGGAUGCUCGAAGUAAUGCACCUAUACCAGAAUGACUAUGCCGUUCCUCAUUCUUCACCGCCAACUCAACUUGAGCUACUGGCAUUCCCGCCAAUACACGAGAGCAGUGCAGGACGGAGCGCUGUAUCUGGUUCUGAAAGCAAUAGUACGACUGUACAACAGCAUGCAAUCGGUCAUCAAGCUAGUAAGCCUGCUGCAGCUGCGACUCUAAUCGAGAAGCCUUGGGAGCAGCAAAAUGUCGGUGUUCCUGGUCUGGAUGCUGCCAUUCCUCCUGCAGACUACCAGUUUGCACUUCCAGAGAGAGACCAUCAGCUAAUCGAGCAAGGAUCAAAGUCGCUUGAGAUUCGGUACGUGUAUAGAAUCAAGGAAUACCUCACCAGUCGUGUUCGCGGUUUUGAUUGGACUGUGCAUGCAGAUUGAACGACGCUCCUUACUCGAUUAUCCACGUGAACGACCGGAUUACGAUUAACGGGAAAACUUUAACCACCGUUGUAGCUAUUCGCAAAUAUGCGAGUCUGCAAUCCGUUCUGGAGGCUGAAAAUGUGAAUGCACUCCUUCCACAAAGCUCCUUUGUUGGCGCUGGGACCUUUAAUGCGGCAGCCGCAGCGGAGCGUCAUUAUCGUCAGUUUUUUAGCGCCGAAGAAGAAGAGCACUAUGGCCUCAUAGUUUUUCAAUUGUCCGUAACCUCGUCUGGGCCAAAAUCCCAAGAAGAAUGGAGCGCACUGGUUCUUCGACAAUUGGAAGCCAAGAGAGAUGCUGGAUGCUCGAUAGCAGACCUGCGCUUUGCUUUUCCUUCUCUGCCCGUCGACCAGAUCACGGAGAUAUUGACGAAUCUGCAAUUUGAUGCGUUGGUCAUUUGUAUGAACGACAAGUAUCGUCUAGUGUGAUCAGCCUGAUGAUAUUGCGAGUCGGGUAGCUCAGCCUCAUCGAGGCAUUAUUAUAGCGUUAAUGUUACUUCGAAUAGCGAUUUUGAACCCAUGGAUG